GAGUCCGCGCGUGCGCAGCUGGCAACGGACCCGGAAGUGAAGAUCGCGGAGGGAAGGUCAUAUUGCGGCGCGUUGUUUCUUGUUUUUCGUGUAAAUUUGCGCCUCACAGCCGCGCGCCCAACCCUUCCUCAGGGUGUGGGAGUAACUAGGGACCUGAAAAUCACCGCACCUACCCCUCUGUGCCCCGAUUGACCUUGAAAGAUUCACCUCUGAGGAAGAAAUCCAGAGGAGGCAGAAGAGGAAAGAAAAGAGGUCAAGAAUGGCUCUUUCUCAGGGACAUUUGACCUUUAAGGAUGUGGCCAUCAAAUUCUCUCAGGAGGAGUGGGAAUGCCUGGACCCUGCUCAGAGGACCCUGUAUAGGGACGUGAUGCUGGAGACCUACAGGAACCUGCUCUCUGUGGAUAACACAGUGGUUUCCACACUAGGAGGAAUUUGAUGAAGUGGGGAAACUGAAGAACCACUGCUGACUGACUUCUCAAGUUGAGCGCCUCCAAAC